AUGAAGUACGCUCUUGCAGCCGCUGCGCUGCUGCCAGCCUUGACGCUCGCUCAUCCGGGCGUCGGCAACCAAAUCCCUCUCGGUGCUGAUGUCGGCCAGGAACGUCAUGGCCAUCACCAUCACUCUUCUCCCGAGAACCCAAUCGCUGCUGUUGUUGACAGUGUCGCGGAUGCCCUCAAGGCUCUACCUGAGGCUACCCGUGAUCUCUGGGCUGAGGUCGAGAACAUGCUUCCCCGUAAGCUAGACCAGAUCUCCGUCAAGUCUUCGCCGAAGAAGCACACCAAGCGACCAAAGAGCCACUGGGACUUCCACGUCUCUGGUGACGAAGUCAGCAUCAUGGAUGACGGCAAGCUUGAUGAAGACUUGGCACGCUUCAAACUCCGAGGCAAGAAGGUUGACCCAUCCAAGCUCGGCGUUGACCCCGGAGUCAAGCAAUACAGUGGAUAUUUGGAUAACGAGGAGGACGACAAGCACUUGUUCUACUGGUUCUUCGAAUCCCGCUCUAAUCCUAAGGAGGACCCCGUCGUCCUUUGGCUCAACGGUGGCCCUGGGUGCUCUUCCCUGACCGGUCUCUUCAUGGAGCUCGGACCAUCCUCCAUCACCAAGAACGGCGAACUUAAGUUCAACCCUGCCUCUUGGAACAACAAUGCUUCCGUCAUCUUCCUCGACCAACCCGUCAACGUCGGCUACUCCUACUCCGGCGGCCAAGUCUCCAACACUGUCGCCGCUGGCAAGGAUGUUUAUGCUCUCCUCUCCUUGUUCUUCAAACAGUUCCCAGAAUACGCCAAGCAAGACUUCCACAUUUCUGGUGAAUCUUAUGCCGGUCACUACAUCCCCGUCUUCGCCCACGAGAUCCUUUCCCACAAGAACCGUAACAUCAACUUGAAGUCCGUCCUCAUCGGAAACGGUCUUACCGAUGGUCUUACCCAGUACGAGUACUACGAACCCAUGGCCUGCGGAAAGGGUGGUUACCCAGCCGUCCUUGACGAGUCUCAGUGCCAGGGAAUGAAGAAUGCCUACCCACGUUGCGCCAGCAUGAUCUCUAACUGUUACGACUCCGAGAGCGUUUGGUCUUGUGUCCCAGCUUCCAUCUACUGCAACAAUGUGAUGAUGGGACCAUACCAGCGCACCGGUACCAAUGUCUACGAUAUCCGUGGACCUUGCAAGGAUAGCUCCAACCUCUGCUACCCAGAUCUUGGCUGGAUUUCGGAAUUCUUGAAUAAGAAGGAUGUUAUCGAUGCCGUUGGUGCUGAAGUUGGUAGCUACGACUCGUGUAAUUUCGAUAUCAACAGGAACUUCUUGUUCGCUGGUGAUUGGAUGAAGCCAUACCAUAGACUUGUUCCAGAUCUUCUUAAGGAGAUCCCUGUUCUUAUCUAUGCUGGUGAUGCUGAUUUCAUCUGCAACUGGCUUGGAAAUCACGCUUGGACUGAGGCUUUGGAGUGGCCCGGAAAGGCUGCUUUUAACAAGGUUGAGCUCCAGGAUUUCAAGAUGGCCGAUAGCGGAAAGAGUGUUGGACAGAUCAAGAGCUCUGGACAUCUUACAUUCUUGAGAAUUUACCAAGCUGGUCAUAUGACUCCUAUGGAUCAGCCAGAGAGUAGUUUGGAAUUCUUCAACAGAUGGUUGAGGAAUAAGUUGUAA